CUUUUAGAACGUAUAAUAUUUACAAGUAUUUAAAAUUGAAUUUUGUUACAGUUUGAACUAAUUGUUAUGGGAAACCUUCUCAAUGAUCUAUGGAGAUAAUGUAAACAUAUAUCUCACCAUGUAAAUUCUAAAUAUAAUAUGGCGUUUCUCUAUAGGUACUAGAAGAACAGAAUGGUGGUUUUAGUGGGUUGCAAAUUUGACUUUGGGGUUAAAAUUGAGAGUUGUCUCCUCUGAAACAUUUCCACUGCAGGCGGCAAAAUCAAAACAUAAACUAUUAAUAUUAAAAGAACAAGCACUUCCGAAUGGACGAGAAUGCCAAAUAGCACUUCGAAAGAAGCAAAUGUAUCAAUAUCAGUGAUGCUGCAACUAAACCAAAUCUAGGCAAAUCAGAAUUAUCAAUGCUGAUGAUUUGUGAAGAGGGCCCAGACGACACACAGUUGAUUUAGUCUUGCUGAUAGCUUCACUGAUCAGUGAUCAUCACGCUCCUGGUUGCUUCUGUGACACUUCCUAAUUGAUAUUGCAGGAUUGUCCUUCCAGUCGCUAACACCUUCCUCCUCAAAUUAUUGCCGUAUAAAUGAGCCAGAAUCAAACCCAAGGCGGAGGUGGAAGAGGCUGGGGCCGUGGUGGGGGAUGGAGAGGAAGGGGUUGGGGUCGUGGGCGUGGCAGGGGUGGGUACUUCAAGCAGUAUGGCAACAGAGGAAAUGGAAGAGGAAACUGGAGAGGCAGGGGAAAUUCUUCACAGAAUUCUCAGGGAAGCAUGAGGUUAAUGGAUGAUCCAAGUCCUCGUCGUCAACCAAUGGUCCAGACUCGUCUUGAAGUUUCCUCACCUUACAAAGGAUGGAAAACAUAUUUUCCAGAUGAAGGGUACUCUGACCACUCGCCAACAGUGAAGAAGGUUCAAAUAUUUGAAAAGUAUUUCCUCAGCUGGUCAGGGAUGUUUAAAUUAUCUGAAAUUGAGGUGAAAGGAUUUUUCACAGUCGACUUCAAAGAUUUGUCUUCAGAUCAGUUAUUGAUGGAGGGCCUCCCAGAGCUGGCUGCACAGAUGAGAGAAAUGCCUGACAACAUUCUGGCCUGCAUGGGGCUUGCUAUGCACCAGUCUGUUUGUCAGAAGAAUGAAAGAGAGGCUGCUGCUGACCUGCGGGACGGAGAAAGCAGCCAAGCUGUAGUCAGUGAUGUCUUAGUGCCUGUCAUUCAUGCCAGGGUUGUCAAUUUUGCACAACCCAUACCACUGAAAAAUGUAAAGGCAAGUUGUUAUGGGAAGUUUGUGUGUGUGAAGGGCACAGUAGUGAGGGUGAGCAACAUCAAGCCCCUGUGCACUGCUAUGGCGUUUGAGUGUGCUGGCUGUGGGACUGUUCAGAGUAUAUCGUUACCUGAUGGAAAGUUCAUUGUCCCCACGAAGUGCCCUGCUCAGCAGUGCAGAGGAAAGACAUUCAUCCCACAACGCAACUCAAGUCAAACUGAAACUAUUGAUUGGCAAACUGUCAGGGUUCAGGAAAUUAUGGGAGAUGGAGGUCAGAAGGAAUCUGGAAGGAUACCACGUACAAUAGACUGUGAACUGACAGCAGACUUAGUGGACAGUUGUGUACCUGGGGACAUUGUGACUGUGUCGGGGAUUGUGAAAGUCAACAGUCUUGAGGAAGGGAAGGGGAGGAACAAGGACAAGUGUAUGUUCCUGCUGUACCUCCACGCCAACUCUGUGAGCAACUUGAAGGGCAACAAGUCUGGAGGGGAGGGCAGCUCCGGGCUUGCCAUGGACUUCACCAUGAAGGAGCUGUAUGCUAUAGAGGAAAUACACAGUCAAGACAAUCUCUUCAGGCUUCUGGUCGGGUCGCUAUGCCCUACCAUCUAUGGACAUGAGUUGGUGAAGGCAGGCCUGACACUAGGCAUGUUUGGUGGAGGUCAGAAGUACACGAAUGACAAGAACCGUAUCCCGGUCCGAGGAGAUCCACACAUACUGGUUGUCGGGGACCCGGGGCUGGGGAAGAGUCAGAUGUUGCAGGCCGUGUCGAACAUCGCCCCCAGGAGUGUGUAUGUAUGUGGAAACACCACAACAACGUCAGGCCUCACUGUGACACUGUCCAAGGAUGGAGGGUCCGGAGAUUAUGCCCUAGAAGCAGGUGCUCUUGUCUUGGCUGACCAGGGCUGCUGUUGCAUAGAUGAGUUUGACAAGAUGACCAAUCAGCAUCAAGCUCUCUUAGAGGCUAUGGAGCAGCAGAGUAUCAGUAUUGCUAAAGCGGGAAUAGUCUGCAGUCUGCCUGCUCGCACCUCCAUCAUCGCAGCAGCCAAUCCUGUUGGCGGACAUUACAACAAGGCUAAAACAGUUUCAGAAAACCUCAAAAUGGGCAGUGCACUCCUGUCAAGAUUUGACCUAGUUUUCAUCCUGCUGGACAAGCCAGACGAGGAAAUGGACAACAUGCUGUCUGAACAUGUGAUGGCGCUGCAUGCAGGGAAGAAAAGUGAUUUUCUGGGAGUUACAGUCAGAAGAACUCAGGAUGACCUUGAUUCCUCCCGGCUGCAGUGGGAGGCAGACAAGCCACUGAGUGAGAGACUGAAGAUCCCGAAGCUCGAUGCCUUCGAUCCCAUCCCCUAUCAGCUGCUUCGGAAGUACAUAGGCUAUGCCAGGAAGUAUGUUCAUACAACCAUAGGCCCUGAAGCAGCCAGGGUUUUACAGAACUUCUAUCUGGACCUCCGUAAGAAGCAUCAGACACAGGACAGCACCCCGAUCACAACCCGACAGCUGGAGUCCCUGAUCAGACUAACAGAGGCCAGGGCUAGACUGGAGCUGAGGGAGGUGGCCACUUCACAGGAUGCCGAGGAGGUGGUGGAGAUCAUGAAGUUCAGCAUGGUGGACGUUUACUCGGAUCAGUUUGGGUGGUUGGACUUCAAACGUUCACAGCACGGCUCAGGCAUGAGUGGGAGGUCUCAGCCCAAGAGGUUUGUGGCAGCCCUUCAGAAGGUGGCGGAGCAGACGUACAACUCCAUCUUCACUGUGCAGCAGAUGAGGCAGAUAGCCAAGGAUAUCGGUCUCCAUGUCGUGGACUUUGAGGGGUUUGUGGCCUCUCUCAACAACCAAGGCUUUCUGCUGAAGAAGGGGGCCAAGGUGUACCAGCUGCAGACACAUGGAUACUGAUGUGACACCAGCUGCAGACACAAGGAUACUGAUGUGGAAUCAUCUUCCUGAGGCAAGCGUGUCCACUAGCCUAUAUCAUAGCCUAGUUUCUCCCCUUGCCACAUCAAGGCCACUUUUCUUGGUUUAACCCUGGCUGUAUAGAUCCAAAAAGAUGGCGACUAUGAUAGGCGAUGACCUAGUCGAUCAGAUAACGAAAACAUUCGCGAUUUCAUCCCUGAAACAUAGGCAAUCGUUGGAGGGUUUAAAAGAUGAAAAAGACACAUUCGUGUCAACAAACACAGGCAGUGGUAAAUCACUUUCAGACGAAGGUGUACCAGUCGUGGAUGUUGAUUUUGUGACACGUUCUCUGAUUUGACUAUUGAUAAGUGCGACAGUUCAAACAUAUUUAGCUUGAUGUGGCAAGGGUGGGAACAAGACUUUGAUCAAAAGGCUAGUGGACACUCUUGCCUCGGGAAGAUGAUGUGGAAUAGAUGCAUCAUUUCACCUGCUACCUGUGAUACACAAUGUGAUUGACUAUAUUAUGACAGUUGGACUGUAAACCUGUACAGGAAUCAUAUACAGAGGUUGAGACUUUGUAUACACAAAUAAAACCAUGCUUGUAA